AUGUCAAUGACAAAAACCAACGAUGGUCUCACAGCAUUAUAUGCAGCUGUUGAAUCUAACAAUGUUAGUGUAGUUCAGGAACUCAUUGAGAGUGGGGCUACAGUAGAUGUUCAUGACAAUCAACAAUGCACUCCUUUGCAUCUUGCAACAAUUAAAGGAUAUAUUCCUAUAAUGAAAACUCUUAUUCAAGCAAAUGCAGAUGUUUAUAAUAUUCAUAUUUAUGGCAAUAUGGGUGCUCAUGAUGCAGCAUUGGGUGGGAAAUGUGAUGUCAUCACAGUUCUGUUAGAGUCGGGGUUUGAUGUAAACUGCAAAUCUAAAAAUGGAAAUACAUUGCUUCAAUUAGCGGCUUUAAAAGGUCACAGAGAAUUAGUGCAACUCUUGAUCAGUAAAGGGGCAAAUGUCAAUGACAAAAACAACGAUGGUCUCACAGCAUUAUAUGCAGCUGUUGAAUCUAACAGUGUUCUUAGUGUAGAAUUCAGGACUCAUUGGAGGAGUGGGGCUACAGUAGUAUGCUCAUGA